AGAAGAUUGGAAGGUUUAUGAAGCGUGUGAUAAUCGAGACGAGAUGGAUGCAGAUGUCGGUAAUGACGUGGUAACCGCUCUCAGAAGUGACCUAGCAGGACUGCAGUACAAACGAGACAAAUUAUUAUCCGAAAAUAGCGAUUUAAAAAACCAAAUGUUGUCAAGAGACCAAAGGAUUUUAGAGCAGCAAGUUGAAAUCGAUCAUCUACGCGAGCAAAAUGCUCGCCAAAAUGCCAUCAUAUCAUCUUUAAAGAAGAAAAUUCAGGAUUUAGAAGAGUCACAGCGUAACUUACAAGCGUCACAGGGCAGAAGCGACCUCACAGUACAGACAUUACAAAGAGAUAAUCGUUACUGCGAAGAGAAAAUAAAAGAUUUGGAGAAAAAGAUACGAUCACUAGAACUAGAGUGUCACAAUGAAGAACAACAAAAAGAAAACGCCCGAUGUCAAUUCCAUGACUUGGUGCGCCGUUUAUCUGUAGCCUUGGAUUCAGACUUUUGUGACACUGCCCACACUCAUUCAUCAGAAAGCUUGAUUAUAAAAGCAGCUGAACUUGUCCAAGAGAUAACAAGACUUAAAAACAAAUGUAUGAACACGACCGAAAACAUGUCUACAAUAGAACAAGAUUUGAGAAGUUGCAGAGACAGUUUGGAAAGAGCCAAUUCAGAUAAGGAUAUCCUGCAAAGACAACUUUCAUCUCAAUUACUCGAUAUCGAAAGACUUAAACAAGAGAAAGAGUCGCUUGCGGUGCAAAACAGAGUGAUAGAAAGAGAGCUACAUGAAGCGAGAGAGAAAAUAUCGCAUUGUACAAAAAAUUUAAACGUUGUUACUGACAAUGUUAAUCAAAAUGAGUCUUUGAUCGUACAGCUAAAAGAGGACCUAAGACACCGCGAUGAAAAAUAUCAAAAAUUGCAUAGCGAGUUUCGUAAUACAAUGGAGUCAAUUGCCAUUCUAUUGAGCUUGCCGACGCGUUUCGUGGAGGCACAUGAAACUACAAUCAAAGAUAGGAUUCGUGAAAUAUUGGGUGACAAUAAAGAUAAGUCUUUGCAAAUAGAGGCACUGCGUGACAAGCUUGGAAUGGAAUCCCAGCAGUUAAGCAGAAGCAGCCACAUGCAUGAACAAGCCAACACACGGGUUCGAAUCCUAGAAGACGAAAGGAAUAUGCUGGAAGCGAAGGUCCAUAAGUUGGAGUCAGAAUUAAACGCAAUGGAACUCUCCAAGGAUGGACUUCGUAAGGACAAAGCUAAUUUUGUAGCAUUCCUCGAGCGCUUGAGCAGGACGCUAAAUAUGGAUGAGUUGACCCAGGAUGUGGGCAUAGAGUUGCACACUGAAUCGAUUAUCCAUCGCGCCGAGCAACUGGCGAGACUUGAGAGCGAUAAAAUCGUCGACAAGACUGCUGUCGUAUAUCAAUUACAACGGCGUAUACGGAUAUUGAGGGAACAACUGCAAAGAAAAGAUUUACAUUUGGAUCUACUGAGACGCAAGCUGAGUGUUCAGGAGGAGAGUUCCCGCGUGCGCGCCGUGCUGCAAGCGGAGCGCGACGAAGCGGCGUGUCGUGGUAAGAAGAUGUCCCGCCAGUGCGAUCGUCUCGCCGCGCAGCUUGCUGAUGCCCGCGCGCAGCUGCGGGACCUUAAUGCGCAGCUAGCGGACGCCGCGGAAUACAAAAUAACGUCUCUGGAAAGAGCACGUAAAAUAGAAGAUUUAGAGAAGAGGUUGGAAGAGGCAGAUAUAUUAAGGACUCGAUACAAUCGGAAAGUUAACAUUUUGAAAGAACAAAUUCGUACCAGCGGCGAGACGUAUGAACAGGAACGAAAUACAUCUGAACACCAGAUCAAUUUACUAAGAGACGACUUAGCAAGAGCUAAAGAAGCACUUGCAGAAUGCCAGAGAAGAGAGGCACAGUUAACAAGCUUCAGGCAUUCCAUCGCCAAGCUUCUUGGUAUCCUUGUGCCGUCCUCCGUGACGGACUUCGAAAUGGUGUCCCGUCUGCAGAAGUUAAUAGACGCUCACCACGACUUCACUGUAGUCUCCCGUCGAUAUGACGACCCGGCGUUACUGCGCGCGGCAUCACGCUCCCCGCCACCCUCUAGAUGCAGGACGAGAACUCCUGACAGGUCUCUCCGCUACGACGACUCGGGGUACGCGGACCCGGGGUUCGACUUGGAGGACGAUGUGUACAAACGCGCGGGCUUGUGA